UAAUAAAUAAUAAAUAAUUUUGCAUGUUUUAAAUCAGAUUGAAAAAAAUCAUGUAACAUUGAGUAAGAGUUCACAGUUGAAUAAUUGAAAGAUGUCAGGAUAGUUUUUUUGUAGAAAUAAUAUGAAAACAACUAACAAAGUGGAAAAUAAUAAUAUAGCGUGGGAGAAAAUGGUUACUUCAGAUGAUAAGUUAAAAACAAUUAAAAAAAAAGCAAAGAAAUGUUGGAAUCCCUUAAAAAGAUACAUGGCAAAUUCAAGUCUUCACGGUGUUCCAUUCCUCGUUGAAGAUGGUCGACAUUGGACUGAAAUACUUUUUUGGUUAGUAGCAUGUGCUUUGAGUUGGUACGGUUGUGGAACAACUGUUGCUGACACAAUAACUGACUUUCUUACAAGAAAAACUGCAAUUACGAUGGAUACUAAUUAUUUAAACUGGGAAGCAACUUUUCCUGCAAUACAUUUUUGCUUUGGAUUUACUGUUAGGGCAAAGGAAUACAGUGCAAAAGUUACAAAUACUCCUGUCCGAAAAGCAGGAACAAUGUCUCGACUGAGUCAAUGGGUUAAAUUAGGAUAUGAUGAAAGCAUUCAGUAUCCAGUAAGUUCAGAAGAUUAUGUGAACAUUAGAAAAAACUAUGUUCCUAAUUGUGAUGAUAUUUUUGGUGUAUGUAAAUGGAAUGGUGAACCUAUUGAUUGUUGCAAAAUAUUUUUUCCCCUACAUUCCAAUCUGGGAGGAUGUCUUUCAUUUAAUAGCAUACAUGCAGGAAAACCAACAGAUCCAAAUCUUCCAAAAUUUAUUAUGACUCAUCAACAACCGUAUGGAAGAUUAACGAUUUUUCUAAAUAAUACUAAUUUUUGGGUUCCAUCACGCAGCUUUCUAAAUACUUUACUUACGGAUCCAUUAGAAUAUCCAACUCAAACUGGAGGCCGAGAAACAUUCUUAUCAGCUCAGUGGAAUCAUCCAAAACCUAGAGUUUGGGAUAUAACUCAAAUACCUACAUUUAACGAUGAUGGAGUAAUUUCAGCUUUGAUGAGUGAACGAAGAUGUAGACUGUCUAAAGAAACUGAGGGACUGUUCCUUCUGAAACAUUACAAUUAUCAAGGAUGCAUGAUGGAAGCUCAAAUGGACAAAUUUUAUGAAUUUUGUGGUUGCGUUGGUCAUGUUUAUCCAGCUUCCAAUAAAUAUCGAACGUGUAAUCAAACAGAAUUAACUAAUUGUAUAACUGGUGUAAGAGAAGAUAUAGUGAAUGCUAAAAAUAGCGAAUGUUUACCUGAUUGUGAACAAACAAGAAUUUUAUCUUUUGAAAAUAGUAUCGAAGAUUUUGAUACUCCAGAAUGGGCUGUUGUUAAAUUAGAAUUUAACUUGUUACCAGGGCCUACGGUUCGGUAUUAUCGAUAUACUGUAGUUUCAUUGUUAGAUGUUAUUGUUACGGUUGGAGGUACUUUGGGUCUUUUCGUAGGUGCAAGUGUCCUCAGUCUUGUCGAAAUUCCUUAUUGGUUCUUCCUUCGCAAUGAUGAUGAUUAAUUCAAUCUUAAAUUAUAACAUUGUUUGCACGGCACUUAAUACAAUUUUUUAAAUGUUUGCCACACUUUCUUCUAAAUUAGAAAAUAAAUAGAAUAUAUAUAUAUAGUGUUGAUAAAUUUAAUUCAAUAAAACAAAAAAAAUAUUGU